CAGUUGUCUUGUUAUAUUAUUAUAUGUAUACUUCAUAAUGGGCACGUGCAAUAAAUUGUAUAAGUGGUUUUAAAAGUGGCCUGUAGAGGGCGUAACUGUGACACAUGUUGCCUUCAUGUACACCUUGUUUUUUUUCUUACCGUCUUUAAGAAAUAAUUUUCCACAAAGUUUAAAUAAGUCAACGACGGAACCUCAAAAUAUAUAAUAACUUAUAAUAUAUUUGCUAAAAACAGGCAGAUAUUUAAACCUCCUAGAUCGUCUUCGGACUCUUAGGUGUCAUAAAUACGAGGCGUCGAGUGAUAUUGAAGGCAGCAAAACGAUACUAAUUACGUCACGUGUGCUGGUGAAAUGAGUGCCAUGGCAGCUCCCGUCGCUCUCAUUCAAGGUGCCAGCAGAGGACUGGGGCUUGAAUUCUGCAAACACAUACUAAAAAACAAAAGCCUCGCUGCUGUCGUAGCGACAUGCCGAACCCCGGACGGAGCGGCGGAGCUGCGGGGCCUGGCGGGACAACACCGGGGCAGACUCACGGUCCUCAAGCUGGACGUGAACCUGGAGGAGGACAUCCGCGAAGCAGCUGCGCGGGUGAAGGAGAACUUCGGUCGGGUGGAUCUACUCGUGAACUCUGCGGCGAUGCUUCACCCCACCGGGAAAGGAGAAACUAGUUUGAGGGAUGUUUCAGCGCAGGGCAUCAUAUCCACCUUGACGACCAAUACGGUGGGACCCCUGGUAAUGGCCAAAUAUUUUAGCCCUCUCCUUCAGAAGGGCGGCGGCGCCUUCGGUCUGCAGCCUUCAGAGAAAGCGAAGCACCACAGCGGCGUCAUCGUCAACAUCACAGCUAAAGUUGGGUCCAUUGGAGACAACGGUCUUGGUGGCUGGUACAGCUACAGAAUGUCUAAAGCAGCUCUCAACAUGGCUACCAGGAAUUUAUCCAUAGAACUGGGCCGCAGUCAGCCCAAGGUGGUGUGUGUGUCUUUACAUCCGGGAACAGUUAACACGGACCUUUCCAGGCCUUAUCACCGGAAUGUGCCGAACGACAAGCUGUUCAGUGCUGAACACUCUGUGAACUGUCUGAUGGGCAUCAUUAAUUCACUAAGCAUUGAAAAGACCGGGAAGGCAUACAGCUGGGACGGCACCGAGCUUCCUUGGUAGAAUCAAAAAUUUACACAGUGCAUAGAUGUGGGUCAACCUCAGCAGGUGAUGCUGUGAUAAACAGGAAUUUUACCAUUGACUCAAUGAAAAGAACUGGGUGUUUUUUAACAUAAUAAUUAAGUCACAGAGAAACCGUCUUCUCUACCUCAACACCAAAGUGCAUAAAUUAGAAUAAAUCCUUAAAGGCAAGGUGUGGCUCUUAAGAUAUAAGACUGUUUUAACAACAUGUGGAUCAUUUCAAUAAAAAAUGUGUUCACAAAUAAA